ACACGCGCCGGCCGUCGGCCGCCGGGGCGCUGGCCUCCUGUCGCGGCGGCCGCCCGACAUGCCCGAGGAGGCUGGCUUCCCGCCGGCCAAGAGGUUCCGGCCCGGCUGCGGGCCCCCGGAGGGGCGCGUGCUGAUGUUGCUGACCGCGGGCGGCGGCAGCGGGGGCCGGAGGCAGCAGCCGGCCCUGGCCCAGCCCGCGGCCAGCCCGUACCCCGAGGCGGUGGAGCGGCAGCGCCGGAGCCUGCCCAUCUUCCCGGCGCGGGGGCAGCUGCUGGCCCAGCUCCGCAACCUGGACAGCGCCGUCCUCAUCGGAGAAACGGGCUCCGGGAAGACGACACAGCUCCCACAGUACCUCUAUGAAGGGGGGAUCGGCCGCCAGGGCGUCAUAGCCGUGACCCAGCCUCGCCGAGUGGCUGCCAUCUCUCUGGCCACUCGAGUCUCUGAUGAGAAGAGAACAGAGCUCGGGAAGCUGGUGGGCUACACGGUGCGCUUCGACGACGUCAGCUCAGAAGACACCAGGAUCAAGUUCCUGACGGACGGCAUGCUGCUGCGAGAGGCAAUCUCUGACUCGUUGCUGCGGAAGUACAGCUGCAUCAUUCUGGAUGAAGCCCACGAACGGACUGUGCACACCGACGUGCUCUUUGGAGUGGUGAAAGCCGCCCAGAGGAGGAGAAAGGAGCUGCGGAAACUGCCCCUCAAGGUGAUUGUAAUGUCUGCUACGAUGGAUGUGGACCUGUUCUCUCAGUAUUUCAAUGGAGCGUCCGUCCUCUAUCUGGAGGGUCGACAGCAUCCCAUCCAGGUGUUUUAUACCAAACAGCCUCAGCAGGAUUACUUGCAUGCCGCUCUCGUCUCCGUCUUCCAGAUCCACCAGGAGGCCCCGUCUUCUCAGGACAUCCUGGUGUUCCUCACUGGGCAGGAGGAGAUCGAAGCCGUGAGCAAGACCUGCCGGGAUAUUGCUAAGCACCUCCCAGACGGCUGCCCCUCCAUGCUGGUCCUUCCCCUGUAUGCCUCCCUGCCCUAUGCCCAGCAGCUCCGCGUCUUCCAGGGGGCCCCCAAGGGCUGUCGGAAAGUGAUCAUUGCGACCAACAUUGCUGAGACCUCCAUAACCAUUACGGGAAUAAAAUAUGUAGUUGACACAGGCAUGGUCAAAGCAAAGAAGUAUAACCCUGACAGCGGCCUGGAGGUGCUGGCCGUACAGCGUGUGUCCAAGACACAGGCGUGGCAGCGUGCAGGCCGGGCUGGCCGGGAGGACAGUGGCAUCUGUUACCGGCUCUACACAGAGAAUGAGUUUGAGAAGUUUGAGAAGAUGACGGUGCCAGAGAUCCAGAGGUGUAACCUGGCCAGCGUGCUGCUGCAGCUCCUUGCGAUGAAAAUCCCCAACGUGCUCACCUUCGACUUCAUGUCCAAGCCCUCUCCAGAUCACAUGCAGGCAGCUGUGGCCCAGCUAGACCUGUUAGGUGCUCUUGAACGGAAGGACAACCAGCUCACUCUGACUCCCAUUGGAAGGAAGAUGGCAGCUUUCCCUUUAGAGCCCAAAUUUGCCAAAACCAUUCUCCUGUCCCCGAAGUUCCACUGCACUGAGGAGAUCCUGACCAUCGUCUCCCUACUAUCUGUGGACAGCGUGCUGUACAACCCUCCCUCCCGGAGGGACGAAGUGCAGGCCAUGCGGAAGAAGUUCCUGUCCAGUGAGGGGGACCACAUCACGCUGCUCAACAUCUACCGCACCUUCAAGAGCCUUGGUGGGGAUAAGGACUGGUGCAGAGAGAAUUUUGUCAACAGCAGGAACAUGAUGCUGGCGGCUGAAGUCAGGGCGCAGCUAAGGGACAUCUGCCUGAAGAUGUCCAUGCCCUUGGUGUCCUGCCGUGGGGAUGUGGAGAGCAUCCGCCGCUGCCUGGCGCACAGCCUGUUCAUGAGCGCGGCCGAGCUGCAGCCCGAUGGCACAUACACCACCACAGACAGCCGCCAGCCCGUGGCCAUCCACCCCUCGUCCGCGCUCUUCCACUGCAGGCCGGCCUGCGUCGUGUACACCGAGCUGCUCCACACCAGCAAGUGCUACAUGCGGGACCUCUGCGUGGUGGCUGCCGAGUGGCUGUACGAGGCCGCCCCCGACUACUUUCGGAGGAAGCUGAGGGCCACCCGGGACUGAGUGGCCUGACUGUGGGCCUGGAAGUGUCUUUGCUUCCCACCCUUAGGGUUAGUGGGUGGAAUCCUCUUUGCGGGGCAACUCUGGGGACGCUCCUGUUCACCCCCUCCCCUGCCCAGGGCGUAGCAGUAGCAGUACCUGCUGGGGCAUGGACACACCCGGAGUCCAGGGAGCCGUGCGGCCACACCGGCUGUGCCCUGCUUCUCCGUGAGACCCCGAGGCCUUGGGAUGGGGGGGAUUUCCUGGGAGGGGCCCUAGGUGGUAGCGAAGCUCAGGUGUCAUCCUUGGAUUUGCCCUCAUGUCUGUGCAAGUGCUGUGGUCUCUUCCCUCCUGAACCUCACACCCCAGGAGGCCGACCUCCUUACCAUGUUCUUCUCCAACAUGGGGGGACAGUGGAGGAGCGCCUCUGUGGCCCACCCCCAACUGGGCUUUCGGGGCAUGUGCGUGUUUCCAGGAAUGUUGACUUAUAGCUCCCAGAUCAGGUUCAGUAUAGAUGUGGGAAACUUGGUGGCCGCGGCCACUGGCUGCUUUUCUCUCCAGCCGGGCACUAGAGGCCCUGGCAGUAGAACUGGGCACGAGGGGCACGAGGAGGACCCAGCCUCUCCUGGCUAUUGGGGCUGCUAGAGGGGGGAGAGGUGAAGGGCCUGUGACCCAACCUCACCUGGCAGUUCCACCUGCCCCACCUCUUGGGGCUGUGCUCUUGUGUCUCAUUUGUUGUCUCUACUCUCCUCCCAGAGGCCUGUGGCAGUGGGGGGGGGGGGGGGGCUGGGCGGCAGCUCUGCUCCUUCCUGCCUGUGCUCACCCCCACCCGCCCCAGUUCCCACCUGUCAGGCAGUCCCACAGUCCCUUCCUGGCAUCGUGUUCGGAGGAGGAAAGACACAGCAAAGUUUCCUCUUCACUAUUUAAUCACCAAAAGCAAGUCCUCUUUUCCCAAGAUUGCUUUGCCCUCAAAGAAGCUGGUUUUUCAUUGGGCUUCACAAGUCUGAAGGCAGAUAUGCAGUAUUUCCAUCAUUUCUUGCAAAGUGCACCAUGUGGUUUCUGAGCCAGGGCCACACUACCUGACACACUCCGCCAAGCCUGCUGGCCUCACCUAGGCACAACCCUCACCUGGACGCAGGCCCAUGUCGGAGGUGUCCAGCUGGCGCUCCAACCUCCAGCAUCCGGCCAGGGCAAGGGCAGGCUGGGCGCAGGACUCCCCAUUGUACCAACUUCUCCGACCUCGCUGGCCCUUAGACCACCUGUUACUUACAGUUGCUGACUCUGACGAGUUUUUCAGAAAAUUUUGUAAGUGUAUUUUUCUCAUUUCUUAAUAGAGGCCUAGGAUGUUCAGCCUGAUGGGGAGUGGGAGGAACUAUUGUAUUUUAAUGUGAUUCAUGCUGGUUAAUGGGAGAGGACUGUUCGCUUGUUCCUGGAGGGAGUGCCAGGCAGGUGGGCACCGUUCAGACUGAGCUUAUCCUGCUUCAGGACCUGUUCCAGCAGGGCUUCAGGCUGAAUCAUUUCCAGAAAGUUUUAAUGUUUCUCUACAGAAAUAUGUUGGUUGCUGGAACAUUCUGGCAGAGUUUUGAUACAGUAGUUUUUUUAUUGGGUUUUUAAACAAGGUAAUUUUUAACCUAGCUGCUCAGGGAUUGAAUCAGAUUGGAAAACCCAUUCUGACUACAUAUUACUACAAAGAAAUACCCGGCCGUUUGGAGCUGCGGAGGACACGUUUCCUAACAACAAUGACGAUGCAGCACCACCCACAAGCUCGUGUCAUUAGCUGGACCAGACCUCUGAGGUGAGACACAACCACCUCCUUUCCAGUCUGUUGCAUCUCUGGAUGAAUCACCAGCUCCCCGAGCAGCUCCUGGAGGUGGAUGCCCUCCCGGCAACACAGGGUCACUGCAAGGCAUGGCUCACUGGCACCCUGGCCCUGAUCAAGACCUUACGUGAUGCGGCAUCUCUGCUGCAUGUGGAGUGGUCCCUUUCUGCUCUGACAUGCAGUACUGGGCCCGUCUGUCCGUGUCACACUGCUGUCCAGAGGGAAGGACAGGCCGGGCAUGCUGUGGGGUCCUCUAGCCUACCAGGAUAUGCUGCACCUGUGGGGAAGCAAGGGUUUUACUGCAGUUUGGUUAGAGUACUAUAACUCGCAGGAGAAAACCCCAUCUUUGUUCAGGUUGACUUUUUUUUUUUUUUUUUUUAAGAUUUUAUUUAUUCAUGAGAGACAGAGACCCAGGCAGAGGGAGAAGCAGGCUCCCUCUAGGGAGCCCAAUGCGGGACUCGAUCCCAGGACCCCGGGAUCACGCCCUAAUCCAAAGGCAGACGCUCAACCACUGAGCCCCCAUAGGUGCCUCAGGUUGAUGUUUUAUUCUGAGAGUCUGUUCUUGCUCAGACAGCUCUACAGUGACAGCAGCUCUUGUAUAUAAUCCUCCAGUUUGCACAUGACUGUCAUCCAUUAAAAGUGAAUCUUGUUCAUGA